GGAAAUAAAGGCUAGGAGUAGCAUUGAUUCGGACUUUAAUUUUAAAAAGAAACAAAAAACGAUGGCUGAACAGGCUGCAACUAGCUCAUGUUAUGAGAUUGUUGUAAAGGAAGAGUUAAUCAUUGAGGAUGAGCUGGAUGUACAUGACGAAGGUCAACAUUCGAUUGUCCACGAGGAGUUGAUCAUUAAGGAUGAGCUGGAUCUGCCGGAAGAACAAGAGGAAGAAACGGUUAAAGAUUUGACCCCAGCGGAGAGUAAGGUUCCCCUAUUUGCUUGCAACAUUUGUCAUGAAGCAUUUGAACAUACUUAUGAGCUUGCAAGACACAUCAAAGCUCACAAAUAUGAGUCCAAUCAGCAGAAAGAGUUUCACUGUGAAUUUUGUGGAAAAGUGUUUGAAAUGAGAACGAUCUACAACAAGCAUUUGAGGCGGCACAGACCGCACACCUUCAAGUGCCAUCUUUGUCCCAAGACUUUUCCAGAAAAUUGUAACUUGACGCGGCACCUUAAACUAAAUCAUAACAUUCAAACACCAACCGUGAAGGUGGAGCGCGUUAACCAGAGUGAGAUAGAUCCUACCCGUUACUGUGAGCAAUGCAACCAAACCUUCAAAACGAGACAGAAUUGUGACAAUCAUAAGAGGAAGCACAAAAGCGUCGAAGAAGGACGUUUUAAGUGUAUUCCUUGUGGGAAAUCCUUCAGCAAUCACUUCGCCUUGGUUCUCCACAAGAAAAGUGCUCCUCACAAGAAGAUGGUAGAGCCGAAGAAGGACGUCGAGUUUCACUGCACUGUCUGUGAUAAGGUGUUCCAAGCGAAAGUACAAUUCACCAAGCAUCUGAAGCGGCACAGGCCACCAAACUUUCACUGCAGUCACUGUCCAAAAUCUUUUCCAGUUAAUUGCGAUCUGACACGACAUCUGCGACUCGUGCACAAGGUGUCGAGUCCGGAUUUGGGUGGAUCAAAUGAUGCAAGGCAGGACGAGCCAACCAGCCAGUCGGAAACUCUUGUAAAGGAAGAGCUCGAAGAUGGGUCGAGUUCUCUGGAUGAGGUGAAGAACUGCUUGCGGAAAUGGCCCAACCAUGCGAGGAAUGUAAUUAAGUUUAUCCGUGAUCAUCCUUCUCAUGCCUUCAGAGGGCAUAUUUUGUACCGUAAGCCUUAG